AUGGGGGAAAUAUCUCAAUUUUCCGUGGCCGCCGUUGAUGAGCAUACCUCGGGUCAAAUGGCUUUUUCAUACCAAGAUGAGCUACUGCGCAAGGUAUCGCAGAUCGAGAAAACUGUGGGACAACUGUGGGAUUGGUCGAAAUCAAUAACGCAGGAGUUUGGCUUACUACGCCCCGGUCCAGCCAUAACUACGACCACGCCGCUUCCACCUUCCGCGGUGUUUGAGGACUGCAAUUCUGACCAUGAGGCUGAUGAUUUUUACCUAAGCUUGGCCGAGGAUUGGGAGCAAACAUCAAUGACGGUAAAUGAAGAGGAAGCUACGCAAACAUCAAUGACGGUAAAUGAAGAGGAAGCUACGCAAACAUCAAUGACGGUAAAUCAAGAGGAAGCUAAGCAAACAUCAAUGACAGUAAUCAAGAGGAAGCUAAAUCUAAGAGAAGUCACUCAUGAACCCCCAGUAGUUAGACAAGUUGCCAAGUUCCGCGAGGGUUCUUGCCUUCACUCUGCACGGAUUUUCAACCACUCAGAAUUAUACUGCAUUGGACAAGAUGGUGGAUUUAUUGUUGACACGAGGAGUUGGUCAAAAUGUUCAUCUAUUCCUCCUAUCCCAUCCUCUAACUCAGUAGAAACUAUUGUGUGUGCGUAUGGCAAGGUUUAUUAUCUUGCAUGUUUGUCAACCUUCUCACCAGUUACGGAGCACUCCUUCGGGAGAUAUAAUCCUGAUCAUAAGGUUUGGGAACAAAUGACUUCUUUUCCAUUUUAUGAUGAUUAUGACCACACUAUGCAAGUGACUGGUUAUGCCGUUUGUUAUGGAGUUAUUUUGUUUUCAUUGUCUGGCCCAAGGGACGGGAGUUUUGGUGUCGUUGCUUUUCACCUGCGUAGAAGGGACUGGAAUCGAGUGAAAAUUGACACUUCUGCUCAUUGUGCUCCUCCUUUCGAAGGGAGGGCCGUGGUUGUAGACGAGACUAUCUAUGCCUUAUCUGGGGAUGCAAAGAUUAAAGCAUUCUCCUUUAUGGGGGAAAUAUCUGAUGUUAAUGGUAUUUCAUAUUCCCUCAGGCAACUGUUUAUAGUGCAAGGCCUUGAUAUCGCACAUCCUCCGCUGCCAUGGCUUAACGAUAGGACACAAUAUUUGGUUCAUUUGGGAAACCAUGACUUUUUCUAUGUCCAGACUGGCAAGUGCGAUUCGCAUCCUAAGGUUCAAUAUCUUAGUAUCACCACGUUUGAAAUUGUUCUUGAAGGAGGAAAACAUAUGAUCAAGACCAUAGAUUCAAUUGUUCAUUCUGUGGAUAUCAAGGGAUCUGAAUGGCUCGAUCUUGUUUUUUGCUUCACACCGUAA